AUGAAUGAGCCAUGUGCAUCUCAGAAAUGUAAACUUUUGUAUUCAUCAGAUUUAGAUAAUAAGAAAGGACAAGAUAUUCAUUAUAAUAACUUCGAUGAUAAUAAUGGUAUUGAUAAAGAUCUUCAAAUGUAUGAUAAAAGUAUAACUGUUGAAAUAGAAAGUGAUCAGGAAUAUUCUGAUAAGAGAAGUAAAUGUGAUAAGGAAUAUUCUAAACAAAGUACCUUAAGCAUAGAUAAUAAUGAAUCAGAAAGUGUAGAGGAAUAUACGUUGAAAUCUACAAAUGUGUGUAUAGACGACAAGAGCACUAAUAAUGAGAUAAAGAAAAUAAAACAACCAGAUGAUCUUGUUUUUUAUAAAAAUGAAUUAAUAUUAAAUAAGCGUAUUAGUGACUAUGGAGAGAAUGUAGAAGAUAUGAAUACACUUACUAAAUGUGAUUAUUUUGAAAAUGUGGAAAAUGAAAAAGAAGAAAAUAAUGAGAAAAAAAUAGGUAAUAUAUGUUAUUCAAAUUAUACAAAUGAGAAUAAACACUAUGAUGUAUAUGGAAAUAUUAAAGAUACAAAUUUAAAUGAAUUAUAUAAUGAAAAUAAAAAAAUGAACAUAAAAGAUAUAAACAAAGGAGAGAAGAACAAAGUAGUUGAGGAUAAUUUCGUGAACGAUAAAGAAGAUGUAGUAAUAUUGAAUGAAGAGAGGCAAAAAAAUAUUGAUUUUUUAACAGAGAAUUAUGAAGAAAAUUUAGAAAACAAUUUAGAUAUGAAUUGGAAUAAAUCUCAAAUAAAAACAUGCAUAAGAAUUAAACCGUCAAAUAAGGCUGAAUGUGAAUAUGGAAAAGCUAUUACGCAAAUAGGAAGAAAUAAAAUAUUAAUAAAUUAUGGGGUGACAGAUGAAAUUCGCAGGAGUGAAUUUUUGAUUGAUAAAGUAUUUAAUGAAGAAAAUACACAAAAUGAUAUUUGGAAAAGUAUUUGUUUUUGUGUUGAUUCACUUUUUCAUUUUAAAAAUACAACUGUAUUUGCUCAUGGACAUACAGGUACUGGUAAAACCUAUACGAUGAUAGGUCCUGAUAUUAUGGAAUUGAUUAAAAAGAAAAAGAAAAAAAUCCGCUUGCCUAUAAGAAGAAUACCACCAAAUGAAUAUUAUCCAAAUAUACCUAGUAUAAAAUUUUUAAAUAAUAAUAGUAGUAAUAAUAAUAGUAAUAAUAUUAUAUAUGAUAGGAAAAGAUCAUGUUCUCAACCUAUAUCUCAUUUAUUACCUAGGACAAUAAUGCCUUUAGUAAGUACCAAUUCUGGUAGUUACAAAAAAGGAAAUGAUACCUCACAUAAUAAUAAUAUAUCAUAUUGUAGAUAUAAUAAUAAAAAUAAUAUAGAGUGCUUUAAUGAAACUAGUUAUACAACAAAAUAUGAAAAUUAUAAAACUUUUACAGAGUAUAAAAAUGAAUAUAAAUAUAAUGGAAAAGAUUUAAUGGAGGAAAUACGAUAUGUUUUAAAUUCAAAGAACAAAGGUAUGAUACCUAGAGCUUGUGAAGAAAUAAUGAAUCGAUUAACGUCUAUAAAAUUAUCAUACGAUAAUGUAAGUAAAUUAAAAGAUAAUACAAAUAAAGAGAAUACAACAAAUAUAAAUAUGAAAGAUGAAAAAAAGAAAGAAAUUUUUAAAGAUGUGAAGGUAUAUGCAUCUUAUAUGCAAUUAUAUAAUGAUAGAAUUUUUGAUUUAUUAAAUCCUUAUAAUGAGUCAGCACCUUAUUUAAGUACACUAAAGUCGAAAUAUGUGGGUAAUAGUAAUAACAACAAUUACAAUGUUAGCAAUAGUAAUAGUAAUUGUAAUAAUUACAACUCUGGGAAUGGGUCUUUUGUGUCAGGUUUAUUGACAGUUGAAGUUAAUAGUUGCGAAGAACUAAUUGAACUUUUAAUAGAUGGAACUAGUAACCGAGCUUGCCGAAUUACAAAAACCAAUGAAAUGUCAACUCGAUCACAUUCAAUAUAUAAAAUCGAAUUAAGAUACACGAAUAAUUCAAAAUUUGAUAAUGUGAAGUCAGGUAAUUUAUUAUUAAUUGAUUUAGCUGGUAAUGAAAAAUAUGCUGCAUCUAAUGAAAAAUUAUAUUCCACAGAAGUGUGUUCUAUCAAUAAAAGUUUAUCUGCAUUAUCAUUAUGUAUAAAUGAAUUAUCAAAAGGUAACAAAAAUAUUAGUUAUCGAAAUUCUAUAUUGACUAGAUUAUUGCAAGAUUCUUUAGGAGGUUCAAGUAAAACAGUAUUUAUUUGUACUAUAUCUUCAUCGAUGAAAAAUGCACGCGAGACCUUAUCUUCUUUAAAAUUGGUAUCUAAGGCAAGGAAAAUUCCAUUAGGCAACAAAAACUAUAAUUCUCAUAUGUAUGAAGAGGAUAUAAAAAAAUUAAAAAGAGAAUUAUAUUUUUUGAAAAAGUUUGUUUUUUUUCAAUAUAUUACCAACAAGUAUGAGAGUAAAAAAAGGUUACAAAAUAUAAAAGAAUUUUAUUUGUAUAAUUUUAUUAAUUCAAAAAAAGAAGAAAAGGGUAUUAGUGAUAUAAAGAAAAGGGAACAUAUGGAUAGUAUUUUGUAUGAUGAUGAAAAGGAGGAGGUUAAUAAUGAGGAGGAUAAUGAUGAAGGUAAAGAUAAGUUUGACGUGAAUAAAAUUAUGAAUACAUUCAAAGGUAUAGAAAAAAUUUACAGCGAUUAUGAAUUUAAAUCAUUCAGUUCUUUAUUGGCACAAUGGAAUUUUAAUAAAUGUAGCAUUAAAAAGGCGAAAGAUAAAUUGUGCAAUGUGAACAAAAAGAGGAAAUACUUGUGGUUUUAUAAAAAUGGAAAUAUGAAUAAAAGGAGUAUUUUGAAUUUUAUAGAGACGCACACUAUAGAUUAUGAAAUAGAAGAGGGAGAAGAGGAUGUUGAUGAAGAUGUGGAUGAAGAUGUGGUUGAAGAUGUGGAUGAAGAUGUGGAUGAGGAUAUGAAGGAAGAUAUAAAGGAAAUGAAAAAGGAACUUCAAACAGAACUCAAAAAUGAUGAUAAAAACUUAAAAGUGAUGAGCAGUGUAAAUGAUGAAAAUGAUGAAUAUGAUGAGUACGAUGAAUAUGAUGAAUAUGAUCAAUGUGAUCGAUAUGACAAAUUUUCUGAUGAGCAUUCUUAUUAUUAUCAUGAUGGCACUGAAGAAGAUAACAUAAAUCAGGAUGUGGAUGAAGAAGAAAAUAUGAAUAAUGAUAUAAAUUAUGAUAAUAAACAGACGGUUAAUGAUUAUAGUGAUACAAAAGUUUAUAAUAACAUUAAUAAUAAAAAUGAUGAAAUUAUAAAUGUAGGGAAUAAAGAUAAUGUUGAUACAAUGAGGGAUACAUACAAAUAUAUGAAAAAUGAAUAUUUUGAUUUACUUCAGAAUGAUACUAAAAAUUUAAAACAAAAGAAAGAGGAGGAGGAGGAGGAUGAUGAUAAAAAUAAGAAAGAAAAAAUAAGUGAAGAUUUGAUGAAAUGUAUGAAUGUAGGAGAAAGAAAGGAAAGUAUUAAGAACAUCAAAAAGGAAUAUGAUAUGCCUUUGAGUAGUAUUAAGUAUGAUUGCAAAUUAUUAGAUAAAGAAAAGAAAUUAAUAAAUUCAAAUAAAAUAAACAAAAUUAAUGAUGGUGAUAAAAUAAAAUCAAGUACAUCCUUGAAUGGAGAAAAAGAAAAAAAUGAAAAAACAAAUAAGAAUAAUAAUUGUGUGGAAAAUGAAAAGUCGUAUAUAUCGGAUUUCACUAAUCUUAGUAAUAGGAAGAAUUCUAUAAAUAAUUUUGGAAUAAAUAAUUUGGUCAUUAAUAAGAUAAAUAAUUUUGAUCAUAUAAAAGGAUAUACAUGUGAUAAAAUGAGUAGUAAGAAAGAUGUGAAUGAUAAUAAUAAAAUUAUGUGUGAAUUGUUAAGAGAGGAUAGUAAGUAUCUUAAAUGUGGAAAUAAUAAAUAUUAUGAUGAUAAACAGAUUUAUGUUUAUGACAAUGCAUAUAAUUUACUGGAUAGAGAAAGGUCUGUAAGCGAAAAUUUUUCUUAUAGUAACUUAAAAAACAAAACAAUCAUUGGAAAAAAUUUUAAGGAUAAGUUUUCUUAUUAUAUUGAAUUUGAUAAAUAUAAUAGUGAUAAUCAUAAAAAUUAUGAUAUAAUUAAAAAUUGUGGAAAUGGUGAUAAAAUGAUAAGAGAUACAAGAAGAGAUGAAGAGAAUUAUGUUCCUGAUAGUAAUAAUUUUUCAGUACGUUCUGAACGAUUGAAAGACUUGAGGAAUGAUAAAAAAGAUGGAACACAAAUAUAUGUGAAGAAAAAGGUGACUAAGAACCAACUUAUAAAUGAAAUUGAAAAGAGCUGGUUAACAUUUGAAAGGAAAUUAGAAAAUAAAUUAAAUGUGAAAAAAAAUUAUAUAAUAAAAGAAACAGAUGAAGGGAGAAAAAUAAAUGAUGAUGUAAAUAAUGGUAUGGAUAAUAUUAGUGCAUUAGAAGAAAAUAGGAAAAAGUUGGAACAUUUGAAAAAUAGAUAUGGACAAAUGUUGAGGGAUUCACAAAACAAAAAGAAUAAUAUUACCAAAGAGUUAUGUUAUAAUAAAAUUAAUAUUGAUUUAAAUGACAGUGAUAAAUAUAAUGGAGAUAAAUAUAAAAGGGAUAUACAUUAUAGAGGAGAAUAUAAUAAUGAUAUAUAUACUAAUAAGAACUAUCCCCAUCUUGAUAAAUAUGAUUAUAAUACUACUCAUCAUAAUCAUAACGAAGUCGAUAGUAGUUCGAACACGUUUUAUUAUAUAAACGUAGAAAAGAAAGACACAGAUAUUUUUCAUUUAUUGCAUAAGGUAUAUAAUAAAAGUAGAAAGGACCAAGCAAUAUAUGAUAUGAAAGAAGAGAAUAAUAAUCUAAAUAUAUCACAUAAUGUGGUAUAUAAUAAUGUGAAUACAAGUAUGGAAAAUUAUUAUAGGAACUUUUUAAAAUCUGAUAAAGUGAAUCAAAAUCAACAAACAGAAAUAGCAUAUGGUACGAAUCCUUAUGUAAGUACUAAGAUGCAUAAGAUGAAUUUUUUUUAUCUAAAUGAUAGUAAAAAUAUAAUUCCUUCCAAAAAUGGGGAUAGAAAAAAAAAAAAAUGUGUUCAAAAGAAGGAUUAUUUGUUAGUAGAUGAGAAUAAAAGGAAUAAUUAUGUGAAUAGUUUGGUUCCUUACAACCACUUGGUUAGUACGAAUGAUAGCACAAGAAAGAUGUAUCACAUUCGUAAUGUAAAUGAGAGAUAUCAACCAAAGGGAGAGGUUCAUUAUAUAAAAACCAAUGAACAUAAUAAUAUGAGUAAUAAGAAGAGUAAUAUCAUUUAUGGAGAUAAUAUAAUAUCAAAUGAUAUUCACGAUACAGGUGUAUUAGUAUCACCAGCUCAGCAUAGUCACAAUAGAACCAGUGCUUUAAUUUGUAUGCCAAAAUAUGGAUCGAUUAGGAAGUAUGAAUAA